UAAGAGCCGGAUGGUGAGAUGUCGUAAAGGUUCAAUAUCAUAUAUCCUUUAAAAGACAAAUAGACCAUCCAACUAUAUAUAAAUCUCAAAAAUAAAUCACUCUUGUAAUGAAGUUUUUUAACUUUCGAUUUGAAAAUUAGAGAACAAUUGCGAUAUUAAAGUCAGAAGUCAGUCGCACUUCCGGGUUCUAACUUUUGAUUAUUUUCUGGGAUUUUCAUUCUUUUCCAUACCGUUUGCUGCCAAAACUGUGGCAAAAUAUUGUUUUAUCAUGCCAAACCAAGGAAGGACAUUUAGGGACUCGGCAGAUGCAUUCAAAAGGACUGGAAUUCCAUGUGGAGAUCCAAAGCGGUAUGCUAGUGUAUCUGUUGUACGCACUACACAAGAUAUGACAGGUCCCCCUAGAAAACGUGCACUUGAUGAACCCGAGGAGAACAUCGAAACUGAAGGAGAACGCCAACUGAAGAAACUUCUCGACAAACAGCUUAAAACAAAUGUUACAUUGGAGGAACAUUUAGCACGUAAGAAGACAUUUAGCCAGCCAGCUGUUUAUAAACCAGGCACCAAAGAGCUAACAGGAUCCCUCAGUCUUGCUGAGUAUAAGGACAGAGCGAGGCUUGAUGGCAUAGAGCAGGAACUCAGACAAUAUGGCCUUACUGAGGAUGAAAUCUACAUCAAGUUACAAGCAGAAACUGACUCUGAGUCUAAUAACCAGGUAGAUCCCAAAAAGAAGAGACUGGGAAUUGAUCCUUCAAUACAAAAGGCGCAGCUUAAAAUCAUUGAAGAUAAAAUACAAGCAAGAAAGCAGGAAAUAUCUAAACCUACUAGAUUCCAUGGAAUAAAAAAGCUGACUCGUCAAGAAAUGGACUUCGAAAACUCCAUCACACACGAUGAUAAAACCAAAGCUUUGAAUAUGUUAAUAACUCGUGGUGAAUCCCAAAAUGAUACUACUCAUCCAGAUGACCCCAUUAACCACUUAGAUACAUUACUUGAUGAUGUUUUGGUUAAAACGAAACAUCAAAAGAGAAAGAAAUAUACGGAAAAAGAAGUUUCUAAAAUUGAGGCACCUAGUUCAAGCUACCCUGCUUGUGAGUGGCAGACCACUUGGGAACAUCCAAAUUUGAAUGACUGGAAAAAUGCUCCGACUUGUGCUGAGAGGCCAGGGUCGAAGCAAGGUGAAAGGUCAAGAUCACCAUCAGAUAUAGAAUCUAUACCAGAGGAUAUAAUACGCAAGUUUAGGCUCUCUGCGGAUGAGAUAAGAAAUAUUGAUAGAUUUAAAGACUACUCCCCAGGUGACCCUAGUAAUGUGUUGUAUGUGAAGAACCUGUCAGCCAGAGUCACACAUGAGGACCUUGUCUCUCUGUUUAUCAGAUAUCAACAAGAAGGACAACCUAAGAUUGGCUUCAAGCUAAUGUCUGGGAGGAUGAAAGGACAGGCUUUUGUCACUUUUCAUGAUACAAAGACUGCCUCAGAAGCUAUGGAUCUCAUACAUGGUUAUCAGUUCAGAGGAAAACCUGUCAUAAUACAGUAUGGCAAGAACUGUGGCAGCAAGUAAAUCAAGGACAUUGUUGAACUAAGACACUGACAAAUCCCACCCACUAAAGGUUCACCUUCAGACUCAUUUUGACUUACUUCAAAAACAAAUAAAUAAAUCAUCUUGAUACAGAUAUAUUUAUUGACAUUUUUCAUUCUCAUAUUUUAUACAAAAUGUACAUGAUAUCUUAGAGAUAAUAAAAUGCAGUGUUCAAUAUAUACAAUAGUCUUUAUAAUUUAAAAUUCAUUGUGGCUAAUAUGGUAGAAAACUUGUAAAUGGUAUUUUUGUAAAUGUACAUUUAUUGAAUUUUUGCCCAAGAUCCUGCCAGUGAUCCUG